AUGGACCCGAGCUGGGAGCUGAUGAGCCUCCUUGAAGAGCUAAAUGGCUCUGUCAUGGAGAUCCCGGCAGUCAAUGAGAAUUACUUGUUCCACCAGGCUGAGCUCUGCGUCCCUUUUGCGGAUCACUUGUCUGGUUCGCUUUCCGCAAUAUGCCAAACACCCAUCCCGCAGCCGCAGGCCGUGGCAUGUAGGGCAGGGCAGAGUCACGGAGCCAAGGAAAGGAAGGACAUCGAGGCGCCUGAUGCCAGCAACGAACACUCUCCGGUGGCUCCUCCUGAGACUCGUCUGACAGAGGUCAAGAUGAAGAGCAACAAGAAUGCCAUGGGCACGGCGAGGAUGCUCGACGAGAUAAUUAACUAUGUACAAUCACUGCAGAACCAAGUUGAGUUUCUUUCGAUGAAACUUUCGGCUGCAAGCUCCUUCUAUGGCUACUGCUUCGACAUGGAGACUAUUGCAACACCACAGGUGAUGUCUGCUUGCAUGAAGCUCUGA